UAAAAUCACCUUUAUCAGAAGUUCAUAGUAGGCUCGAGCAUAUAAAGAGUAUAUUUUCAGUAAUGUCCGGCUCUCUAAAAGAUAUAGAUGAAAUGAAAGACUAUAAUCAUGCAGUUGCUGCUUGGAGGAAACAAGUAAUUGAUGUAGCAUAUGAGGUGGAAGAUAUAGUCGAUGAGUACUCUUAUUUAACAAGAGAAAGACAUCGAAAAGAUUUCAAAGGCCUUUUCUACAAUGUCAUUCAUAUUUUAAGAGAUGCUAUAACUUGGUACCGAGCUGCUAACCAUCUACAAAACAUAGAAACAAUGCUUAAUAACCUUACGAAUAUGAAGAACCAAUUUGGUAUCUUCCCAAGCAAAAGAAUGACCAUAGGAGACAACUCGAGCAAUAAUAAUGGAAAAAUUAGGCGUUUUGCAGAAUCCUCGCAUUUCAUGUUGGAAAAUGAUAUCAUCGGUAUUGAGGAAAAUAGAAAUGUAAUAGAGAAUUGGUUAGUCGAUAACGAAACUAGCCAAUAUGUUAUAGCAGUUUGGGGCAUGGCCGGCGUUGGUAAGACCACACUUGCUACGAAUGUGUAUAAUAGGCAGAAGAAAAAUUGUCGCUUUUGCAGCUUUGCAUGGAUCUCAGUUACCCAGACAUGUAAUAUCAAUGCUUUACUUAGAAAUAUCAUCCUAGACCUAUAUGAAGGUAAGAUGGAAGCAAUUCCACAAUCAUUCAACACCAAUGACUACCGGCAUCUGGUACAAAUUCUUCAAGGUUUUUUGCACCAAAAAAGGUAUCUCAUCGUACUAGAUGAUAUUUGGAGCACUGAAGUAUGGACAUAUCUCAAGAAUGCCUUUCCGGAUUGUAAGCUUGGAAGUAGAAUAAUUAUAACAACAAGGGUCUAUGAUGUUGCAAUAAAUGCAGCUUGCAAAUCUCAUAUAAUUGAACUUGAGCCUCUACAGAAAGAUGAAGCUCAGAGGUUAUUUUGUCGUAUGGUGUUUGGGGAAGGUGCCAUAAAAUAUCCUCACGAUUUAGAAGAGCUGACACAAAAAUUUUUGCACAAGUGUGAAGGCCUACCAUUAGCUAUAGUGUGCAUUGGAAGAUUAUUAUCAGUUAAAGACAAGGACAUGAUAUUGUGGAAAAGGAUAUAUGAUGGCCUAAACAUUGGAUCGACUGAUCUCCGUAAUGUGUACAAUAUAUUUAGGAUAAGCUUCAAUGAUCUUCCAGUUUAUCUCAAGAGUUGUCUCCUAUAUUGUAGUAUCUUUCCAGAAGGUCACAAGAUCCAAACAAAAAAGCUCAUAAGGCUAUGGGUAGCAGAAGGGUUUGUUCAGAAACAAGGAAGCAAGUCAUUGGAGGAGGUGGCCGAGGAAUAUCUUAAUGAACUUACUCAUAGAUGCAUGUUUCAGAUCCAUCGUAUAACUGUCCAUGGAACAAUAUCACGAUACAACAUUCAUGAUCUUAUAAGAGACUUCCUUUUGACGAAAUCUAGGGAAGAUAAUUUUUGUGAGAUGUAUCUUGGCGGUGAAUUGAGUGGGGAUAUUCAGCGACUUGCUAUAUCAAAAAGUGCAAGUGAUCUACGACUAGAAACUUCUCACCAUCUCAGAUCAAUUGUUGUGUUUGAUCCCAAAGCUUCAUUCAGUAACCUCACGCUGCAAAAUUCCUUCUCUAGCUUCAGGCUUUUGAAGGUGUAA